GCUGUGUCAGUCACCAUGGUGGCAUACAACAGAGCACAGCGGCGGCGGACCUAUCUCCACUUUUAGACCUAUUAAAAAUGUUAAUAUACUGAAUUUCCUCAGUGAGUGUACUCGGCUCUACCUCUCAUAAUGGACGCCAGGUUGUUGUUGACGGGAUAGCCGUUAGCCGCUAGCUUACUUUUUUGUGUUUGCUGGGCUCCUGCAUGUAAUUUCUUUCCGUCGCUAGCAGAAUGCUGAAGAGACAAGGAAUGGCUUUGAUGAACGCUGCCUUGAAUAAAGGGACAUUUUUCACCAUAAAGAAAUAACUCCGACGAGACAGUUUGAGCCAAGCUUUUUACAAGAAGUUUCCUCUCGGCGGGACCCGGUGGUUGGCAGCCGGUUUCGGGCUCGGGCAACAGAAAGACUGACACCCCCGAGGAGACUGCUCGGCUGUCUGGCUCCAGUCGUGGCCUGGCUCCGGGCACUCCCAGCUUAUCCGCUAGCAUCGGACCACAGGCGACAAGAAUAAAGCAAGACACCAAGGGGGGCUUCUUUUGUUUAUAUCCGUGGAGCUGGAUAUUCUUAACAUUAAUUUAGGAUAAGGAAUUCAGUAUCCUUCAGACGGCGUUUUCCAAAACAAUGGCGUCUUAUGUGGAUAACAGCUUUCGGCAGGCUGUGAUGAUGAAUCCGGCUGAAAGGACGCAACAGGACCUGGAGAUUGUCUACUCGUAUCUCCAUGGGAUGGAGGCCUUGUCGAACCUGCGAGAGCACCAGCUGAGGAUAAUGUGCGAGACUGUGCGUUACGAGAGACAUGAGGCCAAUGAAGUGCUCUACUAUCCUGACGACAUCGGAAGCUGCUGGUACAUCCUGUUGUCCGGCUCCGUCUUCAUCAAGGAGUCCAUGUUCCUGCCCAGAAGCAGUUUUGGGAAGCGAUCAGCAGGCAGCCUGCGACGUGGAUGUGAGUGCAUCGUCCUGGAACCCUCAGAGAUGAUUGUGGUGGACUAUAUGGAUGAAAAUGAGGAGUACUUUCAGCGACAAGCCUCACACAGACAGUCCCGUCGGCGCUUUCGGAAGAUCAACCAGAAAGGGGAGAGGCAGACAAUCAUCGACACCGUGGAUCCGUACCCCACCGGAAAGCCACCCAUAGCACGGGGAUACCACACGGAAUGCAAUAAACCUCAGCUCCCCGCAGACUUCAGCAGACUUCACCUGGCCGACGGCUUGCACCCACAGGUGACCCACGUCUCCUCCAGCCACUCAGGAUGUAGUAUCACCAGCGACUCUGGAAGCAGCAGCCUGUCAGACAUUUAUCAGGCCACAGAAAACGAACCAGGUGACAUGGACCUGAGCGGCUUGCCAGAGACCGCCGUUGACUCCGAGGAGGACGACGAUGAGGAGGACAUCGAGCGAGCGUCGGACCCCCUCAUGAGCCGGGACAUCGUGCGGGACUGCCUGGAGAAGGACCCCAUGGACAGGACCGACGACGACAUAGAGCAAUUACUGGAGUUCAUGCAUCAACUGCCAGCAUUUGCCAACAUGACCAUGUCAGUGAGGAGGGAACUCUGUGCCGUCAUGGUCUUCGCUGUGGUCGAACGCGCCGGCACCAUCGUUCUCAAUGAUGGAGAGGAGCUGGACUCGUGGUCGGUGAUCCUGAAUGGUUCGGUGGAGGUGACGUACCCCGAGGGCCGGACAGAGAUCCUGUGCAUGGGGAACAGUUUUGGCGUGUCACCAACCAUGGAGAAGGAAUACAUGAAGGGCGUGAUGAAGACCAAGGUGGACGACUGCCAGUUCGUGUGUAUAGCCCAGCAGGACUACUGCUGCAUCCUCAACCAGGUGGAGAAGAACAUGCAGAAGGUGGAGGAGGAAGGGGAGAUCGUUAUGGUGAAGGAACACCGUGAACUGGACCGCACCGGUACCAGGAAAGGACACAUCGUCAUCAAGGGGACACCGGAGCGUCUCACCAUGCACCUGGUGGAGGAACACUCAGUGGUGGAACCCACCUACAUCGAGGACUUCCUGUUGACAUACAGGACCUUCCUCUCCAGCCCCAUGGUCGUGGGCAAGAAGCUUCUGGAGUGGUUCCACGACCCCAGUCUCAGGGACAAGGUUACACGGGUAGUCUUGCUGUGGGUAAACAAUCACUUCAAUGACUUUGAGGGUGACCCUGCCAUGACUCACUUUCUGGAGGAGUUUGAAAACAAUCUGGAGAAAGAAAAAAUGUGUGGGCACCUCAGACUGUUAAAUAUAGCGUGUGCUGCUAAAGCCAAGCCGCGGAUGGUGACGCUGACCAAGCCGUCCAGGGACUCUCCUCUGGCCUUCAGCCUCCUCGGAGGUCAGGAGAAAGGUUUUCGCAUCUUCAUUGAUGCCGUGGAGCCUGGGAGCAAGGCAGCAGAAGUCGGCCUUAAGCGUGGAGAUCAGAUCUUGGAGGUCAAUGGGCAGAACUUUGAGAAUGUCCAGCUCAGCAAAGCCAACGAGAUUCUGAAGAACAACACCCACUUGUCCAUAACUGUGAAAACAAAUCUUUUAGUGUUUAAAGAGCUGCUAACAAGGCCAGAGCACGACCACGACUUGGACGGUGAGGAAGAACAUGACCGAAAGAACGGCGCACCCCACCUUCCAAAGAUCGGCGACAUCAAGAAGGCCAGCCGCUACUCCAUCCCCGACCUGGCGGUGGACGUGGAGCAGGUGAUGGGCCUGGAGAAGGUCAGCAAGAAAGCGAAGACCAACACAGUGGGAGGACGCAACAAGCUGAAGAAGAUCUUCGACAAGACGCUCACCAGCAUCCUGCCUCCUAAACCAUACAAUGACGUUUGCGUGGGCCAAUCGCAGGACGACAGCAUUGUGGGGAUGAAGCAGUCCAAACAGAUCGCACCAGCUCUGCCCGUUAGUGGGAACCUCUCGUCGUCAAACCCGGACCUCCUGCAGUCUCACCACCGCAUCCUCGACUUCAACAACCAGCCUGUCCCAGUCAUACUGAAUAUGUCGGACCAGGUAUUACGAGUCUUCAAAGCAGACCAGCAGUCUCGAUACAUCAUGAUCGGGAAGGACACGACGGCCAAGGAGGUGGUGGCUCAAGCUAUCAGGGAGUUUGCCCUGACUGCUGCACCAGAAGCUUAUUCUCUGUGUGAAGUAUCCGUCACGCCAGAAGGCGUCAUCAAACAGAGGCGGUUACCAGAUCAGCUGUCUAAACUAGCCGACAGGAUUCAACUGAGUGGCAGAUACUACCUAAAGAGCAACAUGGAGACCGAGACGUUAUGUUCAGACGAGGACGCUCAGGACCUCUUGCGAGAGGGCCAGAUCUCUUUGUUACAGCUCAGCACGGUGGAGGUCGCCACUCAGCUCUCCAUGCGGGCCUUUGAACUCUUCUGCGCCAUCGAGCCCACCGAAUACAUCGACGAUCUCUUCAAGCUGCGCUCCAAGACGGGCUCGGCCAGCCUGAAGCGCUUUGAGGAGGCCAUCAACCACGAGACCUUCUGGGUGGCCACGGAGGUGACGCGGGAGCCCAACCAGCUCAAACGCAUGAAGACUGUCAAGCACUUCAUCAAGAUCGCGCUGCACUGCCGCGAGUGCAAGAACUUCAACUCCAUGUUCGCCAUCAUCAGUGGUCUGAACCUGGCUCCAGUCUCCAGACUGAGGGGAACAUGGGAGAAGCUACCUAGCAAGUACGAGAAGCUGUUCGGGGACCUGCAGGACCUCUUCGACCCCUCUAGGAAUAUGGCCAAGUACAGGAAUGUCCUCAACAAUCAGAACCUCCAGCCACCAAUCAUCCCCCUGUUCCCCGUCAUCAAGAAGGACCUCACCUUCCUACAUGAAGGCAACGACUCUAAGGUGGACGGCCUGGUCAACUUUGAAAAGCUGAGGAUGAUUGCCAAAGAAAUUCGCCAUGUUGGUCGCAUGGCCUCCGUUAACAUGGACCCAGCCCUGAUGUUCCGGACCAGGAAGAAGAAGUGGAGAAGUUUAGGGUCUCUAAGCCAGGGCAGUGCCAAUGCGGCGGUGCUCGAUGUCACCCAGACAGGCGGGCACAAGAAGAGGGUGCGACGCAGCUCCUUCCUGAACGCCAAAAAGCUUUACGAGGACGCCCAGAUGGCCAGGAAGGUCAAACAGUACCUUUCCAACCUCAGUCUAGAAACAAACGAGGAGAGUCUGCAGACGCUCUCGCUGCAGUGUGAACCCUCCAUCAGCACAUUGCCCAAGAAUGCCGGUGGGAAACGACCAGACACCUCCCCGGUCGUGUCCAGAGCUGCCAGCCAACAGAGGGGCCAGUUGGCCAAAGGUAACCAGGCCCUCCAGGUCCCCGCCGUGGCCCUGUACCCAUCUCGAAAGAAAGUGCCAGUCAAGGACCUGCCGCCUUUCGGCACCAGUUCCCCUCAGUCUCUGAAGAAGAUCCUGUCUCUGUCAGAGGAGGGGAACGAAAGGCACCGGAGGCAGCCAGAGGACACUGUGUCCAACGCCUCCUCCCAGCUCUCCUCCCCUCCCACCUCCCCCCAGAGCUCACCCAAGAAGGGUUACAAUAGAAUGGGAGACGCCUACUCGGACUCCGGUCACAGUGAGAUCUCCUCGCGCUCCAGCCUCGUCAGUAACUCCUCUUUCGACAUGGCCCAGGAGGAGAGGAGACUGCGUCACUCUGGAGGAGUCGGGGAAUCUCACAUCGGAGGACAGCGGCUAGAACGAAGAGCCACAACCGACCCCGACCAGUACAGCCUCGGGUCAUAUUCGUCGAUGCAGGACUGCCGGGGCAUUUACACCGGCUGCCCUACAGUGCUCUCCUCACCCAGCUCAGAGGAGCUGACUCAGGAUCAGGGCGAUCGCGUUUCCCUUGAUGCUGCAGACAGCGGCCGCGGCUCCUGGACUUCCUGCUCCUCUGGAUCCCACGACAACAUCCAGACCAUGCAGCAGGGACGCAGCUGGGAGACUCUGGCAUUCGGUGGAGGCGGAGGCGGAGGAGUCAUCGGAGGGCUCCCUCCUGGUGGACCUGAGGCCUUAUUAGGGGGGCCCGCUGCACUGUGGGCAGCCCAGGCCAGGGGGAGCUGGGCGUCCGCAAGCUCCUCCUCAUCCUCAGCUGCGUACUGGGGAGAGGACUCUGAGGGAGACACUGGCACCAUUAAGAGGAGAGGAGGGAAGGACGUCAACGCCGACCCAGAAACAAGUAGCAUCACAUCCACCGGGUCAGAGGAGGCCAAGCAGCUCAGCCGGCCCUCCCCAUCACCCAUCACCGCCGGGGCACGGAAAGAAAGCCGUUAUCGUGAGCCUCCCCCGACUCCCCCCGGCUACACUGCCCUGACCAUCUCCGACCUCGCUGAAGGGCAGCAUCCGGCCCCGUCUGUUCCCACGUCCACAGCGACCCACUCAGGCCGCCGGCCACCCGACUACACCACAGCUCUGCAGCGCUCACGCAUGGUCACCCAGUCGCCCGACUCCCAGGGGGCCAAACAGCGGGCGGGCGGCCUCCACCGCACGCGCUCACCGGCCGAGGAGCAAGAGGCGGAAGAGGAAGAGGAGGGUGAGUCCUUGUCUUCCAAACUAAUCGCUCUGAGGAAGCCAAAGCCAGUGGCACAGCAUACACCUGAGACUCCCAGACCAUGAGAGUGUGUGUACGGGGGUUAACAGGCAGGGCCCCUCUCCCCAAGGCAGAGGAUGAACAGGUGUCAGCGGUCUGAGGGACAACAGUGGACGUCCUUUCGCAGUAACUUGAAGUCCCCCUGGUUUGGGGUGGGCAGGAUUAAAGAGACUGACAGACAGAAAGACAGACCAAUGGACUCAUCAUCAGUUACGUAUGUGCCUGCCUCCUCCACUUGGCUCUCCCUCCUGAUUGGUGGAUUCCUCUGCUCGUCUCCCUCCCCUGCCUUAAAGCAUCAUAGGGGGUUGAAUGACCCUGCAUGCAAAAAAAAUACUGUGAAGAAGAGAUGGAGAGAAGGUCAAAGACAAUGACACAACGCCUGGCACUUUG